AACCUAAAGUAUUGUUUAUAAUACAAAUAGUAAAUACUCUUUUACAACAUUUGUUUGUAGAAAAACACCAACAAUGCCGUUACCAGCGGCAUUAGCUGCAAAAUUAAGCAAACGAGGAAUUAUUCAAGGAAAACAAAAGUCUAAUGAACCUAAUAAAAAGCAAGACUUUAAAGGCUCAUCAACUUGUCCCAAUAAAUCAAAUAUCUACCAUGAAUGUACAUUAUGGUGUGAAACUCAUUGGAAGGGAGUACAAACACCUGAUUCAAAAUAUUUUAGAAAUUUGCAAAAGUUAUUAGUGAAAUACCCUUUGCCAUCAAAUUGGACUGAAAUAUUUGACAAAGGAACAGGACGAUAUUAUUACUGGAAUAUGGAGAAUGAUCUUGUUUCUUGGCUUCCCCCAAAGCACCCACAAUCCGUGAAAGGACAAAGUGCGGCAAAACUUCGUGAAAAUCGUCUGAAAAUGAAAGAACGGGAAGAGCGCAUGGAAAAAGAGAAAGAAAACGAAAAACGCGAGAAGGAAAGGGAUCGUGAAAGAGAACGAGAAAGGGAGAGAGAUCGGGACAGAAGUUCGGAUGAGGAAGAGAGAAAUCAUCGAAGAAGAGAACGCGAACGAGAGCGGGAAAGGGAAAAGGAGAGGGAGAGAGAAGAAAGAAAGCGAAGGAGGGAAGAAAGACACAAAAAGAGAAAAGAUGAGAUUGAUCCUAUGGAUCCUGCUGCUUAUUCUGAUAUUCCACAAGGUGGAUGGAGUGACGGUUUGGAAAAUAACAAAAGAGCAGAUAAUACAGCAUCUGGUGUUCUAUAUCAACAAAGACCAUACCCUGCACCGGGAGAAGUUUUAGCGGCUAAUAAGGACAAGACAAAAAAAGAUAAAUGAAUUUUGUAUAACAAUAAAUUAUAAAGU